AAUUAAACCGGCUUCAGUCAAUGAACAUGGGGAAGUUUCGCUGCAAGCAUGUGAAGCUGAAAUUCAAGAAACCGGCAGUGAUGCAAUGGAGACAUCUGAACCAGUGAUCAUCAUCGAAAUUCCUAGAGAGACCGUGACCCGCUCAGAUGCUGCUGUACAGACCAUGGCAGUGGGUGGGAACGGCAAAACUGGAACCAUGGCUGCGAACGUCACGCGAAUUCAAGACGCAUUGUGUGCGAUGCAGCCCUACAGCAUCGUCAAUGACAUGCAAGCUGAUGAUGCUGCCAUCAGCCCCGCAGCGGCGCAGGACAAACAAGACUAUCUCAAGUUCAUGCUGCCUCCUUCCUUCGGUGUCUGGUACGACGCCUUCCUGCAGAGCAAGCGGCCGAUCACCAGGAAGGUCAGGACGCACAUCAUCUCGGUCCUCUUCAAGGCUUGCUACAGGACGACCCUUUAUCCGACAUCGAGGUUGUACCAAAAAGUACUUGACUCGCUGGUGGCAAAGUACCCCCAUGUGAUCGAGGGAAAGUACAACAGGCGCAAGUGGUCGAUUGCCCUGAGAAGCAGGUUCAAAAAUGCACGCAAGAACCUCGUGGUCGCAGCUGCUGCAGUCAAAGUGCAAAGAACAUGUGGAAUCGAGCGGCUGCUGGCCGACGCUGACGACGAGCACGCCUACGCUCACACACAGCUAGCGCUUGCCAGCCAGAAGACAUCAUUGAGUUCAUCGGGCGUUUUGUCCGACUGCGAGGACAAGUCAGUCCACGAGGAGGAGCUUGGCGAGUCCAAAAACACGACUGCUCACGACGCCGAGGCCAAAAAUUCCAGCAAUAUGGAAGCCGUGCCUUUAGACUCUGUAGAGUUGUGCCUUGUUUCAGAGCCAACGGAAUGUGUGAAGAAGAGCGAACACUUGGAGGAUGAGGAAUCGAUGGAUUGUCCGGACUAUUCCGACGCCGUCCUGGAAGACUUCACCGUGUCUGACCUGCUUGGAAUGUGCACUGACGAAAAAGCGUCGGAGGCAUUGAUGGCACAGCAAGAGAACCGGGUUUCUCUGGACGAAAGAGAAAACUGCGAUGAACCAGUAGAGGAAGUCAGCCCUCAAGAGGUUGAGCCAAGCUCAAAGCCCGAGCAACAAGUGGAUGCACCUUCGGACGAACUCGACUGUGAAGUUGUUGCACAAAGCUCAAAGCCCGCGCAACAAGCGGAGGGACCUUUGCACGAACAUGAUCACAUGGUUCCUGUACCAAGCUCAAAACUUGAGCAGCAAGUGGAGGCACCUUUGGACGAACCUGACCAUGUGGUUCUUGCGCCAGGCUUAAAGCCCACGGAACAAGCAGAGGUGCCUUUGCACGAAUCUGACCGCAUGGUUCUUGUGCCAAAUUCAAAUCCCGUGGAGCAAGCAGAGAGGCAUCUGCAAGAACAUGAUCACACUGUUCUUGUGCCCAGCUCAAAGCCCGAGCAGCAAAUGGAGGCGCCUUUGAACGAACCCAACCUCGUGGGAUUCGAGCUGCCGUCAUUUGGCAUUUUUGAUGAGUUGCUCCGUAUGCAGGUGCCGGUCAGCCACACGAUGCAGUGGCACAUCGUCUUUAGCCUCUUCAACGCACUCUCCAAGAAAACAAUGUAAGUUUUGCACCUAAGUACAUUCGUUCAUUCAUUUCCUCGAAGGUCUCUUGUUGAGACAUUACAUGUGGGAGUAGGUUACGAUGGGCUAACAGGAUUAUAUAAGUUACUGUGGGACGGUUUCGACGAGCUGCUUGAAUACUAGUGGGUCGACGACAGUGGUACCUUCGGUGGGCAGGCCAUUACACUCUUGUGCCGUGCACAGAAGAAAAGAUUGCCAAAA